AUGGAACUAAGGAAAUUUCUUCCAAACUGUCGACCAGGUCAGCCCAAAGUUUUUGGCGUAGCCAGACACGAAAUUGCCCGAAUCGUUUGCGAACUUGAAGGCAAUCCCAAUGACAUAGAAUUCAUAUGGAAAUUCAACAAUUCCGCAGAUACCUUCGACAUUCCAAGAAGCAAUAUUCACACAGAAAAAGGCCGCAGUAUCGCCAGUUACCAGCCUAUGAGCGAAAUGGAUUACGGGACGUUAUUGUGUUGGGGAAAAAACGAAAUCGGUAUACAGAAGGAGCCUUGCGUGUUUUACAUCAAUCCAGCGGGAAAACCAGAUCCCCUAUCGAAUUGCAGUAUAAUUAACCAGACCGACAACUCUUUGAAUGUAGAAUGCAGUGAAGGUUUCGACGGCGGUCUAAAACAAGAAUUCAUCAUGGAAGUUUUCGAUAUGGCGACCAAAAAACUGGUGAGCAACGUUUCGUCAAGAGUUCCGACUUUCAUAGUAGGAGGUCUAGAGUCGGGAGUUGGAUUCGAAAUUGGAUUGUAUGCUUCGAAUAAGAAAGGGAGAAGCACGGUUAGUCGCUUGCAGGCGCAUACACUAAAAUCUGCUGAGAAACAUACAGCUUCGCAACCCUUCAUCAAACCAACACCACCAGAAAACUGCACAAUCAUCCAUCAAACACGCUACUAUCUCCAAGUGAGUUGCCAAAUGGCCAGUCACUUGCUACACCCUUCCAACAUUUAUCUAAUGCAAGUUUAUGAUGCUAAAACUCGUCUAUUAAUCGGUACUACCACAUCACAAGAUCCUACUGAAAUUACUUUACAUAAUUUACCGGGCGUUUCCGAAGAUGUUCUCCUGUUUAUCAGAACCAUGGACUAUAGAUCCGUGACAAGCGAUGCUAAUAUCAUUUAUGUUCCAGCUGUUGCUAAAUUGAACACAGGUGCUUCUACUCCAGUUCUCCUUCAAAUAACUCCUCUUCUAGGAGCCUUAAUUGGUGUCGUGGCUGCGCUUAUUCUCAUCGCCAUCAUCAUCGUAGUCAUUAUUCGUCUAAGAGGUGGAGGAGAACACGACGAUAAAGAUUAUGACGAUGGUGGACUUGGUUCUGCAGGACGACGUUGCGACCUGAACGACAGCGUAGACAGUUUGGAUGAAAAAAAUCCGGACAUCAUACCCCAAAACAACGGCGAAGAUGAAUAUCAGGACGAGGAGAGGGCUUUCGAACGAUUGAAUAGCACAACGCUGAGAGUGUACAAUAGGAUGCAGAGCCCGAAUAGCCAGAUGAAAAACAACGGAUCUUAUGAUGCUUACGGUAACAAGAUGAGCGACGAAAUAACUUAUGCUGAAUUAUCUAUCGCAAACCAACAGAUGCCGCAAGUGAUCUACAAUCAACAAUGCAUUCCCAUGUCUGUGAUAAGACGUCAAGAACCCACGGUUUACGCCCAAAUCGAUGUCAAGCGUAUGAUGCCACACAACAUGCAAACACUGGCCACGCCCAAGCCUUCUUCUUUCCAGACGCUACACCAUCCUCAUUUACCUCCUUACAUGCCCAGGCCGGUAAGGGACGAUGGUUCCGUUAGUUCAGAAACUCCAUUACUGAAUCCUAGAGACUCUGGAGUGACGGGACAGAUUUCGCAAGUUGAAGGAAGAAUACAUAUUCCAGAUAGCCUUGGUAAUAUUGUUGGGGAUUUAAUCACCUUGACUGAUAAAAUAUACCCAAAUUUCCAUCAGAAUGAAGUUGGUUGCACUUCGUGGUUAAAAGAAAGAGCUAUUUUCGCUCCAACAAAUGGCUCCGCAUAUAUCAUUAACAACUUUCUUUUAGAGAAGCUACCAACUGACCAUGUAAACUAUGAAUCUGUGGAUACAGUAGUAGAAGUAGACGAUGCUGUUCGUUAG